GAAGUGAAGAUGGCGGAUCAGCAGUUGCUCGCCGAGUCGGCGCUCGGCUGGUCUAUUUUCACCUGUAUACUUCUGGUAAUCCUUGCCUUCUGUUGGGUCUACAUUCGGAAAUUUCAAAGUCGGCAGGAGAGUGAAGUUGUUUCAACUAUCACUGCAAUAUGUGCCCUCGCCAUUGCUUUGAUAACUUCAGCACUUCUACCAGUGGAUAUAUUCCUCGUCUCAUUCAUGAAGUAUCCCAAUGGUACCUAUAAGGAAUGGGCAGCAAACAACGAGACAAGAGGGCAAAUUGAAGGCACUGUGCUGUAUGGUUAUUACACACUUUACUCCAUCAUACUAUUCUGUGUCUUCCUAUGGAUCCCCUUUGUUUAUUUCUACUAUGAAGAAAGGGAUGACGAUAACGUGAACAGAUGCUCGCAAGUGAAGAACGCUCUGAAAUACACAGUUGGAUUUGCCAUUGUCUGUGUCGUGCUCCUUUUAAUUGGAGCUUUUGUUCCACUUGAGCUGCCACCUGGUCAGAAUUCCACCCAGUGGGAAAAAGUACAAUACCUUUUUGAAGAACUUGGAAGUAGUCAUGGUCUACCUGCUCUAUCUUUCUCCAUCAGCUCCUUGACCUUGAUUGGCAUGUUGGCAGUGAUCACUUACACGGCAUACGGUAUGUCUGUGCUGCCUUUGAAUCUGAUAAAAGGCACACGGAGCGUGAAGUAUGAACGCCUGGAGAACACAGAGGACAUUGAUGAUGUUGAGCAGCAGAUAGAGAAGCUGAAGUCCAAGUGUAUAGAUGGACGUCCCCUCUCCUCCAGGGACAGAAACAACUUGCAUGAGCUUGAGGGCAAACUGCAGGUCCUCCAGCGCAAGGGGAGACACCUGGAAAUUGCCGAGAGGAACUGCUGCACUAAAGUGGGCAGUGCGCUCCGACCGUUCAAGAUAUUGCUGGGCAUUUUCUUUAUCCUCAUUGCACUGCUGUUCACGGUUGCCUUGUUCAUUUCAAAUUUGGAUAAAGCUCUCCACUCUGCGGGCAUCAGCUCUGGGUUCAUAAUCUUUGGCACCAACCUAACUAAUCCUCUGAAUGAACUUCUUUUAGCCUUACAACCCGUCUUUCCAUUGGACUACAUCCUCAUCACAGUCAUCACCAUGUACUUUGUAGUCACUUCCAUGGCUGGCAUUCGCAACAUGGGCAUCUGGUUCUUCUGGAUGAGGCUGUACAAAAUCAGACCUAAGAAAACUCGCCCCCAGGCUCUUCUCUUCCUCUGUAUGAUUCUUCUCUUGAUUGUCCUGCACACCAGCUACAUGAUCUACAGCCUCGCCCCACAAUAUGUUAUGUACGGCAGCCAGAAAUAUCUUGUACAGAGUCAGAUGCCCUCAGCUGGUUCUACAUCUGGGAAUGCUACUUUUGCCACCACAAGGACCUGUGAUGCUGAUGCGCCUGAGGACCAGUGCACUGUGACAAGAUCCUAUCUUUUCCUCCACAAGUUCUGGUUCUUCAGCACCAUCUAUUACUUUGGUAACUGGGCCUUUAUCGGGGCUUUCCUCAUUGGCCUGGUGGUGUCCUGCUGCAGAGGGAAGAAGUCUGUGAUUGAAGGAGAGGUGGAGGCUGAUGACUCCGACUUCAGUGAUGAUGAAUAUGUGCACUGAAAAGCAGUGAUUGCUCGGACGGGUUUGUAGAUUUUCCCACCAUAAUUUAAAAGGACUACAAAGUACAAUUUGAUGAACAAAUAAAUGAAUGUCGGGAAUCUGUCAUCAUUUAUUUUAUUAGUUUUAAGGAGUUAUUGCAGUGGUGUCUUGUGCAUUCCAGCCUUGUUAAUGAGACCACCGAGACUGAUAUCUGAUUUCUCAGUCAAUAUUAUUGAUGACUAAACCCUACCUUGAAGAAGAGGUUACUGAAUGGCAUCAUGUAACGCUGGCUCUAAUAUACUAUUUAAGAUAAAAAUGCUGGGAAGAUAUUAGAGCCUCUACAAACUGUUCUGCUUGCUCAAAAGCUAAUGGGUAUGACAUAAUAAUUCUAUGUGUUGACAGCAGUAAUGUUUUCAAAGUUUAUUUUGCUUAUUUUGUCUUGGGUUAUCCAUUUGCCAAGACCAUUAUUUAAUCGAACGUUACUGUACUUGCGUACCGACACUGGGUGUCACGUAAAGGCCCAAGUGCGGCUGACGUGUUUUCAAGGUUUCGGUAAUUCUUGGUUUUAAUUUUCAGGGUUCAACAGCGUUUUGCUAUCUAUCUUUGAAGAACAUGAUGCAUCUAAACAUGGAAUAAAUCAAAUAUGUAUGUCGUUUUAUUUAGUACUUCUCCUUUUUUGCUCUAGUUUAUCUACAGUCAUGUUUAUUUUUAUUUUCAGUGAAUUUAGUGGUAUAAAAAUGAACACAAACUGUUCAUUUAAUCAAUAAAUUGACAGAAAGUUUUUAAUUUGAAAUCAAAUAUGUGUGCCUCAUGAAUGUCUAGCACGCUGAUGGGUACACACUAUUCUAACCCAUUAAAUUAGCCUCACUUCUGAAUCUCAAGUUUAGUAUUUUGCUUUGAAAUGAAAGUCUGGCAGCAGGAAAUAAGGUUACAUAAUGACGACGGGAGCUGCAUCAGAUGUGUUUGUGUUCACCUGUGAUGGGUUGAAAAGAAUGCAGUUGUGUUAAUAUUGAAUGGUACUUGUAUUUAAAGAAAUAAAACCAUUUUAAACGCA